UAAUGACCGACGUCACGUCUCCCGUUGUGGACGAGAAGCCGUGCUUCGGAGCGAAUCCUCAAAUUUUCAAGCUGGGACUCGGAAAGCAACACAUUCUUGCACACGAUAUUGGCCAGGGCUCACAAUGCAGAAAUUUACCGACUUGUAGAUGCGAAGGACUUGAUCUACAUUUUUGGAGGAAAAUGUGCAAAAAUUGUGGAUGUCGAAUGGAUGAGCAUGAUGUCGUUUUGCCGAAUGAAUUUGAUCACGCACAAAUUGUAAUUGGACGGUUAUUUGGAGCACGAGAACAUUUCGAAAAAGUGCUCACGAAACCGGGAAUGUAUAAACCAAAUGAACAAAAUGAAACGAAAGAAAACAAUAUGAUGUCAACAAGAUCUCAGCCAACAGCAGUUUAUAAUUAUAAAAUGGCAUCAAGUGAUUCAGAAUCAGAAAGAGGAGGUUCUAACAAUAAGGAAAACGUCCAGUAUGCGUGGGCACCACUUCCAGACAAAAACCUAGUUUCUCGAUACAUGAAAGCCCUUCCAGAAGACGAGCGGCCCCUUGUUGGCUCAAAAGGAGAACAGAACAGAAAGUCAAGACUACAGUUCCAGCUCCCGCUUUAUGAUUGUAAUGUUGAAGAUGCGCGAUUUGUGGAAGAAAAAGAUGUGAAAACUCUUCAAAACUUUGUGGAAAAUGUUCGAAAUAAUGUGAUUGGAGUUGGAAGAGUCGUAGAAAUCGGAAAAGAUUCUGAUAAUUAUGGAGACAAUGAGAAUACAAAUGAGUUUGAAAAGUCAAUGACUGCCGCAUUGAAAGGAUUAAAAAUUGGAGAAACAGAUUGCAAGGAUUGUAAUGAAAUGAUGGAAACUGGUGAUAUUGGGGUAGAAUGUCAUCAUCAUUCAACAACUGAUACAUAUCAUCCGAAUUGUUUCCGUUGUGAAACAUGUCGUCAAUUAUUGGUUGACAAUAUUUAUUUCUUCUACAAAAAUAAAUAUUACUGUGGUAGACAUUAUGCUGAUCAACUUUAUCCAAGAUGUGCGGGAUGUGAUGAGCUCAUCUUCGCCAACGAGUACACAUUUGCCGAAGAGAAAUCAUGGCAUUUUGAUCAUUUUGCCUGUUAUAAGUGUGAUUUUAAAUUAGGAGGAUCGAGGUAUAUGACAAGAGAUGAAAAUCCAUUCUGCUUGGAUUGUUAUCUCAAACAUUUCGCAAAGACCUGCGACACGUGUCAAUCAAAAAUCGGACCCGACGAGAAGCGUCUAAACUACAAUGAAACUCACUGGCACGCCGAGGAACGAUGUUUUCAAUGUGUUCAGUGUAAGAUGAACUUAAUCGGAAAGAAAUUCAUGCUCAAAAACCAUAAACUAUUGUGCUCAUCCCAGUGUAAAGCUAAUUAUAAUUCAGCGAAUCCGGAUGAUCAGUUGUAAUUUUUAUUAAAAUUUUUUCCUCAGAUUAUACUUGAUUCUUUGUAGUCUACUCAAUUCAUGUCAUUCCCAUUUCUCAACCAUUAUACUAAAAUUUAGCUUUCGCGCUUUUUAGUUCUGAUGAUUUUAUUUCCUCGUGUAUAUUUCUCUGUUUUGUGCGGGACUCUUCUUUUUUUCAUGCGCUUCCUGUUGAUUUUUUUUGCGCAGACGAAGCAUAAUUUGAUGUAUUCUGAAAUUUAAAAUAAUCUUGAAAAAUAAAUAGUUUAUUUAUUUUAUAAA